AUGGCAUGGGCCCCCCGCGGCGCGUCGCCGCCGCCGCCGCCGCCGUUCGACGCGAGCGCCACGCGCAAUGGAGGCGUGUCCACUGCGCCCGCGUCGGCCGCGAGAGCCGGUGAGGCGCCGGCGCCGGGGGCCGCGGACGCGCAGCGGGCGCCCAAGCGUGCCGCAGAGAGCGACGAGCCCCUGUCGAAGCGGCUGCGUGAGGGCCUGGACAGCCACGAUGCGGCGCUAGGUGCCCGGUCGCUCGAGUCGAUCCGGGAGCUGCACCCCGAGUUCCACGAGGCGUCUCAGGCGCCCAUCGUGCUCGACGCGGCGCUGCCGCUCAUGCUCAAUGCGGCGUCCUCGAGUGUGGCACUGCGCGAGCCUGCGCGCGCAAACUCGCGCGCGCGGCGUACGAAGCCUGACCAGGAAAAGGCCCGCGCGCUGUUUGUGGCGGCGCAUGCGGGCCAGACCUACGAGCAAAUGGUGCUGGAGCACGCGUACUCGAGCGACCGCCUGUUCUGGCUCAAGGAGGCGUAUGGCCUCACGUGGCGCACGGGGCGCUGGAGCGACGACGAGGAGGCGCGCGCGACCGAGGCUUUGCGGCAGUUCUGUGACCACUACAAGCUGACGCAGGCAGGCCUCGACGAGCUGAUCUGGCACCGCAAGCCGGAGCAGAAGCACAUGCACGAGGAGCUGUGGAAGCACAUCUCGCUCUCCGUCGGCACACGCCCGAACUAUGCGGUGCGCAUGCACAUCAAGAGCAUGCGCAAGGACGUGGUGCGGGGCGGCCACUGGACGCCCGCGGACGUGGAAGCGCUCGCGGCGGCCGUGAGCGAGCUGGGGCACCAGUGGGAAAAGAUCGGCGCGCGCCUUGGGCGCUCGGGCAAUCACUACUGGCGCGAGCAGGUGCAGAGCCGCGCCGGCCCCGCGCCGCAGGGCGCGUUCCGGGCCGAGGAAGAGGCGGCGCUGCGGCAGGCCGUGCUUGCGUGCUGCGAGGAGGUCGGGUGUGCGCCGGACGGCCCGAAUCUGCCGUGGACGCUUAUCCACGAGCGCCUGGGCCCGUCGCCGCGGCGCAUCAGUGUGCUGAGCCGCAAGUGGCGCGGCAUGCUGAGCGCUGAGCGGCGCAUGUCGGAGGAGCAGAACACGCGGUGGUACGCGCCGCACGACGACCACAUCCUGCUGCAGCGGAUCCGCGCGCAGUGCCGGCACAGUGCAGCGGACAUUGACUUUGACAAGCUUGCGACGCCCGAGUGGCAGUGGCCUAUGUACGUGAUCAAGAAGCACUGGGUCGUCAUGCUGCGGAAGCGCGCGCCGAACUUCCAGGGCACGCUGGACGAACUGCUGGACUAUCUGAGCGCGCGCGUGCCAUCGCCCGAGGAGUACAAGAUGCUUGCUUCGGGCCGGCGCAGCGCCGGCGCAGCGCGCGGCGCGAUCGAGGCGUACCGUUCAUAG